AUGCAGCUUAAAAUAAUGCUGAAGAAGAAGCACUUGUCUGCAGGCAGAGUGCCUCUGAUUCUCUUCCUGUGCCAGAUGAUCAGUGCUCUGGACGUUCCUCUUGAUUCAAAGCUCCUUGAUGACUUGGUACAACCUCCAACCAUCACUCAACAGUCACCAAAAGACUACAUUAUUGACCCUCGGGAGAAUAUUGUAAUCCAGUGUGAGGCCAAAGGGAAACCUCCUCCAAGCUUUUCCUGGACUCGUAAUGGAACUCAUUUUGACAUAGACAAGGACCCUCUGGUCACCAUGAAGCCUGGCUCAGGAACCCUUGUCAUCAACAUCAUGAGUGAAGGGAAAGCAGAGAGCUAUGAAGGAGUCUACCAGUGCACUGCAAGGAACGAGCGCGGAGCUGCCGUCUCCAAUAACAUUGUUGUGCGCCCAUCUAGGUCGCCCUUGUGGACCAAGGAAAGACUUGAACCAAUCAUACUGCGAAAUGGUCAGUCGUUAGUACUUCCAUGUAGGCCUCCAAUUGGAUUACCACCGGCCAUAAUAUUUUGGAUGGAUAAUUCCUUUCAAAGACUUCCACAGAGUGAGCGGGUUUCCCAAGGACUAAAUGGAGACCUUUACUUCUCCAAUGUCCUCCCAGAGGACACCCGUGAAGACUAUAUCUGCUAUGCCAGAUUUAAUCACACUCAAACCAUCCAACAGAAGCAACCUAUUUCUUUGAAGGUGAUUUCAGUGGAUGAAUUGAAUGACACUAUAGCUGCUAAUUUGAGUGACACUGAGUUUUAUGGUGCUAAAUCUAGUAAAGAGAGGCCACCAACAUUUCUAACUCCAGAGGGCAAUGAAAGCCACAAAGAGGAAUUAAGAGGAAACGUGCUUUCCCUCGAGUGCAUUGCAGAAGGCCUACCUACUCCAAUUAUUUACUGGAUCAAAGAAGAUGGGACACUUCCUGCCAACCGGACGUUUUAUCGGAACUUUAGGAAGACCUUGCAGAUCGUUCAUGUUUCUGAAGCAGACUCUGGAAGUUAUCAGUGCAUAGCAAAAAACGCAUUAGGAGCCGUCCAUCAUACCAUUUCUGUCACAGUUAAAGCUGCUCCCUACUGGAUUGUGGCACCUCAGAACCUUGUGCUUUCCCCGGGAGAGAAUGGGACCCUCAUCUGCAGAGCGAAUGGCAACCCGAAACCCAGAAUUAGCUGGUUAACAAAUGGAGUCCCAAUAGAAAUUGCUCUCGAUGACCCCAGCAGAAAAAUAGAUGGAGAUACCAUUAUAUUUUCAAACGUUCAAGAAAGCUCAAGUGCGGUUUAUCAGUGCAAUGCCUCUAACAAAUAUGGAUAUUUACUAGCAAAUGCAUUUGUAAAUGUGCUCGCUGAACCACCUCGGAUUCUUACAUCAGCAAACACACUGUACCAGGUCAUUUCAAACAGGCCUGCUUUGUUAGAUUGUGCCUUCUUUGGCUCUCCUAUGCCUACCAUUGAGUGGUUUAAAGGAACUAAAGGAAGCGCUCUUCAUGAAGACAUUUAUGUUUUACAUGAUAAUGGAACAUUAGAAAUUCCUGUGGCCCAAAAGGAUAGUACAGGGACAUAUACUUGUGUCGCAAGGAAUAAAUUAGGAAUGGCAAAGAAUGAAGUUCACUUGGAAAUCAAAGAUCCAACCAGGAUCAUUAAACAACCUGAAUAUGCAGUCGUUCAGAGGGGGAGCAAGGUGUCCUUUGAAUGCAAAGUGAAACAUGACCACACCUUAAUCCCCACCAUUAUGUGGCUGAAGGACAAUGGGGAGCUGCCCAAUGAUGAAAGGUUCUCCACUGACAAGGAUCAUCUGGUGGUAUCUGAUGUAAAGGAUGACGAUGGUGGGACCUACACAUGUACAGCCAACACAACGCUGGACAGUGCUUCCGCCAGUGCUGUGCUCAGGGUUGUCGCUCCUACUCCAACUCCAGCCCCCAUUUACGAUGUCCCGAAUCCUCCCUUUGAUUUAGAAUUGACCAAUCAACUUGACAAAAGCGUUCAGCUGACAUGGACCCCAGGCGAUGACAACAAUAGCCCCAUUACAAAAUUCAUCAUUGAAUACGAGGAUGCAAUGCAUGAGGCCGGGCUGUGGCGCCACCAGGCUGAAGUUUCUGGAACACAGACCACAGCCCAACUGAAGCUAUCUCCCUACGUGAACUACUCGUUCCGAGUCAUGGCGGAGAACAGCAUCGGGAGGAGCAUGCCAAGUGAGGCGUCUGAACAAUAUCUUACAAAAGCUGCAGAACCAGAUCAGAAUCCCACAGCUGUGGAAGGACUGGGGACAGAGCCGGACAACUUGGUGAUUACGUGGAAGCCCCUGAAUGGUUUUCAAUCGAAUGGGCCCGGCCUCCAGUACAAAGUGAGCUGGCGCCAGAAAGAUGGUGAUGAUGAAUGGACGUCUGUGGUUGUGGCCAAUGUAUCCAAAUACAUUGUUUCUGGCACACCAACCUUUGUCCCAUACCUGAUAAAAGUUCAAGCUCUGAAUGAUGUGGGGUUUGCUCCAGAGCCAGCUGCAGUCAUGGGGCAUUCUGGAGAAGACCUUCCAAUGGUGGCUCCUGGAAAUGUGCGUGUCAAUGUGGUGAACAGUACCUUGGCAGAGGUACAUUGGGACCCAGUUCCUCUGAAGAGUGUCCGAGGACACUUACAAGGCUAUCGGAUCUACUACUGGAAGGCUCAGAGCUCCUCUAAAAGAAACAGACGCCACAUUGAAAAGAAGAUCCUCACUUUCCAGGGCACCAAGACUCACGGCAUGCUGCCAGGGCUACAGCCAUACAGUCACUAUGCUCUCAAUGUCCGAGUGGUCAAUGGGAAAGGAGAGGGCCCAGCCAGCACGGACAGAGGCUUCCAUACUCCAGAGGGAGUCCCUAGUGCUCCCUCAUCUUUGAAAAUUGUUAAUCCUACCCUGGACUCUCUCACGUUGGAAUGGGACCCACCAAGCCACCCAAAUGGCAUCCUGACGGAAUACAUCUUAAAAUAUCAGCCAAUUAACAGCACACACGAACUAGGUCCUCUGGUAGAUUUAAAAAUUCCUGCCAACAAGACACGCUGGACUUUAAAAAAUUUAAAUUUCAGCACUCGGUACAAGUUCUAUUUCUAUGCACAAACAUCAGUGGGAUCAGGCAGUCAGAUCACAGAGGAAGCGAUUACAACCGUGGACGAAGCUGGUAUUCUUCCACCUGAUGUAGGUGCAGGCAAAGUCCGUGCAGUAAAUCCCAGGAUCAGCAACGUCACUGCCGCAGCUGCUGAGACGUAUGCCAAUAUCAGUUGGGAGUAUGAGGGACCAGAGCAUGUGAAGUUUUAUGUUGAAUAUGGUGUAGCAGGCAGCAAAGAAGAAUGGAGGAAAGAAAUUGUAAAUGGUUCUCGGAGCUUCUUUGGGUUAAAGGGUCUAAUGCCAGGAACAGCAUACAAAGUUCGAGUUGGUGCUGAGGGGGACUCUGGUUUUGUGAGUUCAGAGGAUGUGUUUGAGACAGGACCAGCAAUGGCAAGCCGGCAAGUGGAUAUUGCGACGCAAGGCUGGUUCAUAGGUCUGAUGUGCGCCGUUGCCCUCCUCAUCUUAAUUUUGCUGAUCGUUUGCUUCAUCAGACGAAACAAGGGUGGUAAAUAUCCAGUUAAAGAAAAGGAGGAUGCUCAUGCAGACCCUGAAAUCCAACCCAUGAAGGAAGAUGAUGGAACAUUUGGAGAAUACAGUGAUGCAGAAGAUCACAAACCUUUGAAAAAAGGAAGUCGAACACCUUCAGACAGGACUGUGAAAAAAGAAGAUAGUGAUGAUAGCCUGGUUGACUAUGGAGAGGGGGUGAAUGGCCAGUUCAACGAGGAUGGCUCCUUUAUUGGACAAUACAGUGGUAAGAAAGACAAAGAGCCAGCAGAGGGAAAUGAGAGCUCAGAGGCCCCUUCUCCUGUCAACGCAAUGAACUCCUUUGUUUAA